UCUUGCUUUUGAACCUCACGCUCACAGAAGCCACUUCUCACGAUGCCAAGCCAACAGAAGAAAGUCAUUUUUUGCAUGGCCGGGUUGCUAAGCUUCCUGUGCGCCCUCGGAGUUGUGACAGCCCUGGGGACGCCGCUGUGGAUCAAAGCCACCUUCCUCUGCAAAACGGGGGCCCUGCUAGUGAACGCGUCGGGGCGGGAGCUGGACAAGUUCAUGGGGGAGAUGCGGUACGGGCUCUUCCACGGCGAGGGCGUGCGGCAGUGCGGGCUCGGGGCGCGGCCCUUCCGCUUCUCGGUUUUCCCAGAUUUGCUCAAAGCGAUCCCAGUGAGUAUCCACGCCAAUGUCAUUCUCUUCUCCAUGAUCCUAAUUGUCCUCACCAUGGCAGGGACGGCCCUCUUCAUGUACAACGCUUUCGGCAAGCCCUUCGCAACUCUGCACGGCCCACUAGGGUUGUAUCUUCUGAGCUUCAUCUCAGGCUCCUGCGGCUGUCUUGUCAUGAUUUUGUUCGCCUCCGAAGUGAAACUUCACCACCUCUCAGAAAAAAUUGCAAAUUAUAAAGAAGGGACUUACGCCUACAAAACGCAAAGUGAAAAAUACACCACCUCAUUCUGGGUAGUUUUCAUUUGCUUUUUUGUUCAUUUUUUGAACGGGCUCCUCAUACGCCUUGCUGGAUUUCAGUUCCCCUUCGCAAAAUCGAAAGACACAGAGACGACGACUGUAGCUGCGGAUCUAAUGUACUGAGGC